UCAAAGGCAUGUGGUUGUCAGUUCAUUCUUAGGUAGGGAUAGGUAGGGCAGGUAGGGAUUUCCGGCGCUUUCACUAGCGCCAUGAAACCAAACAAACAUAGCCGCGGCGUCGGAUCUUUGAGCUGCUUUAAGCAGAUCAUUUUCCCAAUGGAGCCUGCACCCAUGAAGUCAACCGUUCAAGCUGACUUCAUUCACCAUGCACACUUUGAACCAACCAAGAUGGCGGUGAAGGAUACGUCUUCCAUUUUGACCAAGGAUCAGGUAGAGGGAACAUUUCAGGGUCUCACCUGCUAUUUGGAAGAUUACGCAAAGAAGUCAAAUAUGUGCCGCUCAACACCCUCGAGAACCACCGCUGCCCCUGUCUAUUCCCGACAUUUCCUGCAACAUGCAGGAAGCGUGGCACAAUGUGACAAAUUUGCCACAACUUAUGGCGAGCACUUUGCCCGUCGUGAGCCCGACGGUGACAGCAAGGGGCGUACCCUUGACAGCCAUUCCUCGUCUCUAGGACCCAGGUGCAAACGCUUCGAAGGGCAAACAAGCUAUGCUCGAGAGUUCAACAAACCUGAGAUCAUUGUCUCAGAAGCUACCAGAACAGGUGGUGACAAUCAGUCUACCCUGACAGAUGCUGCAAGAGCUUGCAUCUUUGACAGCCAAAGUAUCUACCAGGAGUCCUUCCUGAAACAUAGGGUGCCAGGAAAGCAAGAAAAUCUCAAGCCCCUGGGGGCACUGCAUGGAGGACAGGCCUUUAGUGGCGCAUCUGAGUACAAGACAGUCUUCACCACCUGGCCACGCCUCGAAAAAUGGAGAUAUUGAUGCGCAAUCCCAAUGUGGCGAUGGUGACACAGCAGACUAGACCCUGCGUUCACAAAACUUCUUACACCUGUUCGUCAAAGCCGAAAGACAUCGGAAGGCUCCAGGGGCCCGCAGGCAUAGCUCAACAGCUCAGCUGAACAACUAGGCGGCGGACAGACCGCCUCAGCAAUGCGAUGAAAAUGCAAUGCCCUUCGUCUCGGUGAAGGCUAGUCGAGUGCUUUACCAGAAGGCCUAAAAGUCAGCGGAAAAA